GACCGAGCGACUGCGGGACUGAGGGACUGGCGGUCGGGCCGGCCGAGCGGCGCCGCCGAGGCCGGGCUGGGCCGAGCCGAGGAGCGCCGGGGAUGUAGCGGGCCACUCUGCCCAUGCCACAGCGCCCGGCUGCGGGCGGAGCCGGAGCCGGAGCCUGGGGAGGCGGCGGGGGCCCUGAGCGCAGCCCGCGCCCCCUGCGCGGAGCCAGGCCCGCUGCCGUCCCCGCCGCCCGGGCCCCCGGCAUGCAGCCCCGGCUGCGGAGGUGACACUCGGGCCCAAGACGCCGCCGCCGCCAUCGCCACCAUGGACGAACAGGAGGCAUUGAACUCAAUCAUGAAGGAUCUGGUGGCCCUCCAGAUGAGCCGACGUCCCCGGGUACCUGGAUAUGAGACCAUGAAGAACAAAGAAACGGGUCACCCAAAUAGGCAGAAAAAACACAACAGCAGCAGCUCAGCCCUUCUGAACAGCCCCACAGUAACAACAAGCUCAUGUGCAGGGGCCAGUGAGAAAAAGAAAUUUUUGAGUGACGUCAGAAUCAAGUUCGAGCACAACGGGGAGAGGCGAAUUAUAGCAUUCAGCCGGCCUGUAAGAUAUGAAGAUGUGGAGCACAAGGUGACGACAGUGUUUGGGCAGCCUCUUGAUCUACAUUACAUGAACAAUGAGCUCUCCAUCCUGCUGAAGAACCAAGAUGAUCUUGAUAAAGCAAUUGAUAUUUUGGAUAGAAGCUCAAGCAUGAAAAGCCUUAGGAUAUUGCUGCUGUCCCAGGACAGAAACCAUACCAGUUCCCCUCCCCACUCCGGGGUGUCCAGGCAGGUGCGAAUCAAAGCUUCCCAGUCUGCGGGAGAUAUAAAUACCAUCUACCAGCCCCCUGAGCCCAGGAGCAGGCACCUCUCUGUCAGCUCCCAGAACCCCGGCCGAAGCUCGCCUCCCCCUGGCUACGUGCCUGAGCGACAGCAGCGGAUUGCCCGACAGGGGUCCUACACCAGCAUCAACAGCGAGGGGGAGUUCAUCCCAGAGACCAGCGAGCAGUGCAUGCUGGAUCCCCUGAGCAGUGCUGAAAAUUCCUUGUCAGGAAGCUGCCAAUCCUUGGACAGGUCCACAGACAGCCCAUCCUUCCGGAAAUCGCGAAUGUCCCGAGCCCAGAGCUUCCCAGACAACAGACAGGAAUUCUCGGAUCGGGAAACUCAGCUCUAUGACAAAGGGGUCAAAGGUGGAACCUACCCCCGGCGCUACCACGUGUCCGUGCACCACAAGGACUACAAUGAUGGCAGAAGAACAUUUCCCCGAAUACGGCGUCAUCAAGGCAACCUGUUCACCCUGGUGCCCUCCAGCCGCUCCCUGAGCACAAAUGGCGAGAACAUGGGCCUGGCGGUGCAGUACCUGGACCCCCGAGGGCGCCUGCGGAGUGCGGACAGUGAGAACGCCCUCUCUGUGCAGGAGAGGAAUGUGCCAACCAAGUCUCCCAGUGCCCCCAUCAAUUGGCGCCGGGGGAAGCUCCUGGGCCAGGGUGCCUUUGGCAGGGUCUAUUUGUGCUAUGAUGUGGACACAGGACGAGAACUUGCUUCCAAGCAGGUCCAGUUUGACCCAGACAGUCCUGAGACAAGCAAGGAGGUGAGUGCACUGGAGUGUGAGAUCCAGUUGCUGAAGAACUUACAGCACGAGCGCAUAGUGCAGUACUAUGGCUGCCUGCGGGACCGUGCCGAGAAGACUCUGACCAUCUUCAUGGAGUACAUGCCGGGGGGCUCAGUGAAAGACCAGUUGAAGGCCUACGGAGCUCUGACAGAGAGUGUGACCCGAAAAUACACCCGGCAGAUCCUGGAGGGCAUGUCCUACCUGCACAGUAACAUGAUUGUUCACCGGGACAUCAAGGGAGCCAACAUCCUCCGAGAUUCUGCUGGGAAUGUGAAGCUCGGGGACUUUGGGGCCAGCAAGCGCCUGCAGACCAUCUGCAUGUCAGGCACGGGCAUGCGCUCGGUCACUGGCACGCCCUACUGGAUGAGCCCUGAGGUGAUCAGCGGUGAGGGCUACGGAAGGAAGGCAGACGUGUGGAGCCUGGGCUGCACUGUGGUGGAGAUGCUGACAGAGAAACCACCUUGGGCAGAGUAUGAAGCCAUGGCGGCCAUUUUCAAGAUUGCCACCCAGCCCACCAAUCCUCAGCUGCCCUCCCACAUCUCUGAGCACGGCCGGGACUUCCUGAGGCGCAUUUUUGUGGAGGCCCGCCAGAGACCUUCGGCCGAGGAGCUGCUCACACACCACUUUGCACAGCUCGUGUACUGAGCUCUCAAGGCCACGCUGUUGCUGGCCGCCCCCUGCUGCAUGGGCGAGGGGCUGCUGUGGGGCUCAGCAAAAUUGCUGCUUCUCCCAGGCAAGGCUGUGGACCACGGAGCUGCAGUCCAGCCAGCAUUGUCUGUGCCCUUCUGCUGCUGGGGCCCAGAGCCAGGUAGGGUGGCUGCAGCCUCACGGACUGGGAGCCCCCAGCCUGCCAGACCUGAAGCUCCAGCGUCCUAAGCUCAGCCCAGAGGGGAAGGGGCUAGCAACAGCGUGCGAGGCGCCGUGGGCCCCACCCUCGGGACUGUGUCCUGACACCGCAGUCAGCACCAGACCCCAGAGAGUCUGGGGGCACAGGAUGGACACGAGGGUCUGAAUAGUGUUACUUUCAUUCAGAGUGUUAUUUUGUUUCUCCUCCCCAUGUCUGGAGACCACCAGGGCAUCUCUGGGCUGGAUGAGCCCACCCAAGCCUGAGGUAAAGCCCAGCAUCCCGCAGCCAAUGGAAAGCGGAGGCCUGGGCUGCACUCCCCCUGGAGCCCCAGGCCAGCUUUGCCAGUCCCUUUCCUUUACCAAAGAUGAAAGAAGCAAAUGUUACGCUGCCUUAUUCAGGGAAGGAGGAGCCCGUCCUGCCUGCCCCCAUGACCCUGACCCCCUCCCACCCUCAAGCAGGGGCCUGAGAUGUGGAACUGCCCCCACUGAGAGGGAGACCCAGUUUUGUCAAUGCAAUUGUCUCUGUUUUACAAGUUGGAGUCACUCUUAUGCUGUACCCAGUUUCUAAACUGGAGACUUCGUGUGCCCUCUGGGCUCUGAGUACCCCUGCUGUGGGCUUGGGCCUUGGGCCAGAUUGGAAAGAGCUGAAGGUCAUGGCCUUUGUGCUCCUGGCCUGGCACCUGUUCCCCUCCUGGGGCAAAAAGGAAGACGGACAACACAGUGAAGGCAUCUGAGCCAGCUGGCUACCCUGAGUGGGCCGUUCAGGGCAGCCAGGGGAGUCGUAUCAGGCUGUCUGCGGGUUACGACCUGCUAGGCCAGAGCUCUCUAUGAUGCCACCGUGUCCAAAACUGCAAAGCUCUGUUCCUCCUUGGCCAGCCUUGCUCAUCCCCAUGAGGUCUCAGCCUCUUUCCCUUGUUGCUCCUAUGGGGGAGGAAUGGCAGCAGGGGUCAGGGAGCCAGUAUCUCCAAGCAGCUUAGAGUUGGCCUUAUUUACCUCAGCCUGGGCGCUGGUCCUUUCUUCCGGCCCCUCCCCUCCAAAAAUGUGCCUAUUGCUAGAGCUCCUCCCUCUCCAACACCCAGUUUCCUUGGGAGUUGUCAUUAAAGGAAAAAAAAAGCCAGUGCCCAGGGAUGGGUGUCUCCAAGGAGCUGGGGAUUAGCGCCAGGCAGCUCAUUGCCAGCCUUGCCCACUUCCCCACGGGCACCAGAACAAGCCAAAGCCUUCGUUGUAUGUUGACGAUGCACUUUUAUGAAUGUAGUUUCUAUCGCUGUUUUUAGCCUUUUCACAUCAUGUAAUGUGAGGCCUUGUACUUGUUAAUUUAUAUCUCAGAUCAUAUUUGAUGGUUUUUAUAUAUAUCAAUUCUAGACUGUUACAGGUGAUGGACGCCUCAAGAGAGAGAAGAGAAAAUGAAAGCAGCUGGUUUUGCAGGAAUGUGUGUUGCACGGUGCCAGUUGGGCCUGGGCCCCCGUUUCCAUCCUUUUCCCCCAGGGGCCUCUUGUCAGGCACCCCCAGGCGGGCGCUCUGAAGACAGUGAGCAUGUGCUCCUGCCUCCACCUUGGCUCUUGCCCAGGGUGGGGACUGGCCCCUUGCCUCGACCAAAGCUGCCGACUGGCAGCUCGGCCUCUCCAUGACCCUGUCCUGAUGGCUGUAGCACUCUUCUUGGGCCCACACCCCCACCCCCUGACCCCCCACCAGGAAACGGCGUGGUGCCGGUGCCGACAAGAUGAGACGACUCUGUGUCCCAGGUUCAGGCUCUCACAGAGCCCCACCCCACCCCCCACCCCCGGGGUCUUGCCGCACAGGGAAUGUUUUUAAAAAUGAAUUUGCGAACAAGCCAACAAAUCCUACACUCCAAAAAACCACGACCCUGAUUUUUUGUGUGCCAAAAACUGUGGACAUGCUGGCUCAGCAUCCUCAGGACCAAGCUGUUGCUUAAUUUUAAUUUAUUGUUUUUUUAAUUAAAUAAUCCAGAUGAAAAGUUGUGGGGCCCAGGAUGGCCUGGCCCAAAGGAUGUGAAGGGCCAUCUCCUAGCAGCCCCAGGCUGGCUGUGGGAAGGGCCUGCCACCACUUGCUCAUCAUUCCGUGGGCUAUGUCAGCCUUGGCCAGCCUGACACGGAGAGGCCAGGGCUGGGGACAGUCCACACUCCACCACCCUCCUGCCCCUCCUGCCCACCCCAGCUCUGUGUCUGUGUCUGAAUUGUGGAUCGUGCAGAAGAACCUGCAGCCAUAGUUAUUUUGACUAUAUCUUGACCGAGGGCUUGCAGUGCAAAGCCAGGCCAGUGUCGUGCAUUACUUACAAUAAAAGGGAUCAUUUAUACCCAAGGGGUCCUGUGGCAGUGCUUUUGGUUGGGGGUGGGUGGAGGGAAUAGGUGUUUACCUGGGAGAAGCUGGGUAUGGCGCCUGGCAACAAGCUUGCCUCCCUUAGCAGAUGAGACCUUGAAAUGACUCCAAGAGGGGUCCUGGGAUGGUGUGACUUGGCUGGUACCACUGCUAGCUCAGAAGUGGCUCCCUCUCUUCCCCCCAUUCCUCGGGGCUCUGCCGAGGGUGGUUCUACAACAGCUGACUCACUGAGGUGGCACUGUCAGCUCACCUGACCCGAGUAUCAAUGUGGUUCAGUUUCCGGGAACUUUGUGGCAUCCACUGGUCUUCCCAGCCCAGGGAAGGACUCACCUGAGUCGUAUCCUUGUAGGGCAGGGAUUGGGCACCUCCAGGAGCCACCUCUCUGAUAGCUCCCCCAGGGCUAUCUGCUGCUGUUACUUAGCUCGGAGCAGAGAAAGACCAUCCUUGUCCCCAUCUGAGGCCUCUGGUGCAGACGUUGGACCUGCCCCGAGUGAGGCUCUCAGCAGCCCUCCUCACGCUCUGAGGACCCAGGCUCGGGGUGCCAACUCUGCUUGCUGUUGGCUCUGCCAUUUCCAGGGGCAACAUAGCACAGUGGCCUGCCCACCUGCCAUCGGAGUUUGAGGCCCAGCUCCCUGCCCUGUUCUAUAGGGAUGAGAUCA